CAUUCAUGUGGUGCAUAGUGUAUACGUUCGCUGGAUAUAUUAAUAUUUAUAUUUAUAUUUUGUCUUUUAUAAAUAAAUGUACAUAUAUAUAAAUAUCUUCAUAUAAAAUGGCUGGAAAAAAGAGAGGACGAAAUGCAUUCAAAGUUGAAGCUGUUGGAGAUGAAGAUAUGAAUGACAUUUCGGAUUCUGAUGACCAAUAUUCAGAAGAGGAUCGUGAAUUACUUAAAAGUGUAAGAAUAAAACGAGCACCAGAAAAUUUUGAUAGCGAUGACGAAGUCUUUGGAUUACAAGAUGAUGAAGAAAACGAAGAAGAGGAUGAAAUGGAAAAUGAAGAAGCAGAUUCAAUGGAAUCUGAUAUUGAAGAAUUGGAAGAUGAUUUUGAUAUACCAAAUGAGAAAGCAUGGGGCAAAAAGAAAAAAACAUAUUAUUCUACGGAUUACGUAGAUCCUGAUUAUUCCACUCUUAGUCAUAAAAAUCAAGUAAUAGCAGAAAUGGAAGAACAAGAAGCAAUAAGCAUUCAAAAGAAAUUAGCUGAACGAUUGGAUGAUGCUGAUUUUGGUUUAGAUUUUAUAGAAGCAAAAAGUGAGGACACAAAAGCUCAACAAGAUGAAGAGGAAACGGUCAAAACAGAUUUUACCAAACUUAGUAAAAAACAAAAACGUGAAUUAGUUCAACGAGAAAGUCCAGAAUUUUUGGCUAUCGUUGAUGAUUUUAAAGAAUGCAUGAACGAAGCUAAAAAUAUACUUUUACCAUUUUUGAAGCUUGUUGAAAAAGGCAUAUGUCCUGAUUGUCCUGCAUCGAACUUUGUUAAAAGUAAAUAUCAAAUAAUAUUAAAUUAUUGCGUUAAUAUCUCUUUUUAUUUAAUGCUAAAAGCCAAAAGAUUACCUAUCAAUUCGCACCCUGUUAUUAAACGUUUGGCACAAUAUCGCCAACUUCUUAAUGAAAUGCGUUCAGGAGAAGGAGAUUUGUUAGAAAAAAUUGAAGAGGUAUUAAAAAUUGAAAAAGAUGGUGGAUCUCUUUAUAAUAUAUCAGGUGAAUCUAUAACUUGCAAGAAAAAAAAAGUUAUUGCUGAAGUAAAAGACAAGAAAGCCAAAAAGCGAAAAAUAAGCGAGACAAAUGAAGAGGAAGAAUCUGACAAUAUCAUGGACGAAGAAUCUGAUGAUGAUAUCAUGGACGAUGAAUUAAAUGAAGAAAACAAUUUAUCUGAAAAUGAUGAUGAAGAUAAAUUGAGUGUUGAAGAGGAUAACCAAGAAAACAAGGUAUUGGAAGAAAUGGAGGAUACAGAAGAAAAAAGAGCAAUUACAUAUCAAAUAGCAAAGAACAAAGGUCUUACUCCGCAUCGUAAGAAAGAACAACGAAAUCCAAGAGUCAAGCAUAGAAAUAAAUAUCGCAAAGCAAAAAUACGUAGGAAAGGAGCAGUGAGAGAAGUCAGGAAAGAAUUAACUCGAUAUAGCGGAGAAAUGUCGGGAAUUAAUGUUUCCGCGAAGAAGAGUAUAAAAUUGAAAUAGUAAAUAAAUUCUAAGUACAUGCAUUAAAAACAUUAAUAUAAUUGAACUAAUAUGGAAUUACUUAUUGUAUAUAAUAUUUAAAUACAAUUUUAGAAUAAUCAUUGUCAAACUUAAUCUCAUAUUAAAUUAAAAUAACAUUUAUUUGAUUAUGUGAAACAAAUAAACAAUUUUAUUUAAUGAUUUUUAUAUAAACGAAAAAAAUGAUACUUAUCUUAAC